AGUGCGAGUUCUUCAACCCCGGGGGCAGCAUCAAGGACCGAAUAGGACUCCGGAUGGUGCAGGAGGCCGAACGGGACGGCAUCUUGCGUCCGGGUUCCGUGAUCAUCGAGCCCACUUCGGGGAACACGGGUAUCGGCCUGGCGAUGGCCGCUGCCAUCCGCGGUUACCGCUGCAUCAUCGUGCUGCCCGAGAAGAUGAGUCGCGAGAAGGUGGACGUGCUGCGCGCGCUGGGCGCCGAGAUCGUGCGUACGCCCACGAGCGCUCGCUACGACUCGCCAGAGUCUCACCUGUCGGUCGCCUUCAGGCUCUGCAAAGAGAUCCCCGGAGGGGUCAUCCUGGACCAGUACCGCAACCCGGGCAACCCACUGGCCCACUACGACACCACUGCCGAGGAGAUCCUGGAACAGUGUGGCGGCAACGUCAGCAUGGUGGUCAUGGGUGCCGGGACCGGGGGCACCAUCACGGGCGUGGCCCGCAAAAUUAAGGAGAAGCUGCCAGACUGCAAGAUUAUCGGAGUGGAUCCGCAAGGCUCCAUUCUGGCUGUUGGUGCCGACGAACCGGAUGACCCUCGCGUGACAAUGUACGACGUGGAAGGCAUCGGUUACGAUUUCAUUCCCACCGUUCUGGAAAGAGAACUGGUGGACAAGUGGUACAAGUCCAACGACAGCAGCUCGUUCCUCAUGGCGAGAAAGCUGAUCAGCGCGGAAGGCUUGCUCUGCGGCGGGAGCAGCGGGGCGGCCAUGUCGGUGGCCGUGCAUGCAGCAAAGUCCCUCAAGCCAGGCCAGAAAUGCGUGGUUGUACUCCCCGACGGCGUUCGCAACUACAUGACCAAAUUCCUCUCCGACACUUGGAUGGUCGAACGAGGAUUCAUGGAUCUCUCCUCGGAGAUGAGCAGCAAACACUGGUGGUGGAACCAGACGGUGAGGUCGCUCAAGCUGUGCAUUCCACUCACGCUGCUACCAAGCGUGACAUGCCAGGAGGCCAUCGAGCUCAUGAGCGCCGAGAGCAUCGACCAGGUGCCCGUGGUGGAUGCCAGCGGCAUGGUCUUGGGAAUGGUGUCCUUGGGCAAUCUGAUGUCCAAGAUUUUGGCUCGUCUGAUCGAUGCUGGCACGCCGGUCUCCAAGGCAGCCUAUGACCAGUUCAAAAAGGUGACGCUGGAUACGACUUUGGGAAAGCUGUCAACAAUCCUGGAGCACGGACACUUCGCUCUUGUUGUCGCUGAACAGAUGCAAGUGGCAGGAACGGCGUCUAUAAGGAAAGAGGUGGUCAUCGGAAUCGUGACCAACAUUGACCUGCUGCGAUAUAUCACGAAGCGCGAGAAGCGCGGCGACCUUCACUCGCUGAAGGACAAAGAACCAGUUGACUGACAGACGACAACGGCCUCCCAGGGACGUCGCCGGCAUAGCUACCGUUGUGUAUCGCGAGGACCUCACAAGCCACCAAGCGUAGUUGCGUCAACGCACGUGCGUGCAUUGACUUUCGAUUUCGCCGAGGCCCAUACUAACCACGGCCGUAGCUGACGUUUCUCUAGUGCCGCAUUUUUAACAGCUUGAUUUUUUAUUAUAUAUAUAUA